UCGGGUUUCUUCUUCCAGUCUGCGGAGGGACUCCUGUUGUCUCUGGCUCGGUUCUCUCUCUCUCUCUCUCUCUCCCCUCUCUCUCUCUCUUUCUCUCUCCCCACCAAACUCUCGCUCCUUGGGUUUUGCGGUCCACUCAUGCGUCGGGAAUGCCAUGGCCACUCCGAGCGCACAGCAGCAGCACCAGGAUUAUUUCAGAUCGGUGAGCAGCGAGUCCACCACCUACAUGAUGGUCCCUGCCGGCGGGCCGAGCGGGACCGAGACCGGGACCGGGCGCAGGGAAGCGCCGUCCAAGAUGUUGGUAGCGAUGGUGGUGAUUGUCGUGGUGGUGCUGCAGAUCGCCUCCACCACGGGACUCUUUGUUUACCUGAACAUCUCCAUAUCACAGGUGCGAAGCCAGGGGGUGACAGAGGAGUUAAAGUGCCUGAGUUUACUGAAUGCUCUGGAUAAGGACCAGGACAUCCCAGACCCGCUGGCCCAGCUCUUCGGAGAGCACUGCAUCAAGCUGGCCGAAGGCAUAAAGGCCUACAUCUCCAAGGUGACGGAGAACAUCAUUUCCAAACAGACUUUAUUUGAGGCCAGAACCAUGCCCCGGUCUUUCAACAACUCGGGGUCAAAGUUCAUGACCUCGGUGGCCCAGAGGCCAUCUGCCCACUUGACCCUCCGAGACGCCGGCGCUCAAGGGUUUCCUCCGUACCAGACCCCCCCGCAGGGGCUGCACCAGUCCUGCCGCCACGUGGUUCGCUCCUGGGCCAACCAGAGCUUCGGAGCUCACCUGCACAACAUGACCCUGUCCAAUGGGAAGCUGCGAGUGCCCCAGGACGGGCGGUACUACCUGUACUCACAGGUGUAUUUCCGUUAUCCGUCCCCGGCCACGAACGAGGGGGACCAGCGCAGCGUCAGCCACCAGCUGGUGCAGUGCGUCUAUAAGAAAACCUCCUAUCCGAGCCCCAUCCAGCUCCUGAAGGGCGUGGGGACCAAGUGCUGGGCCCCGGACGCCGAGUACGCCCUGCACUCGGUGUACCAGGGCGGCCUGUUCGAGCUGCGGGCCGGCGACGAGCUCUUCGUCUCCGUCUCCUCCCCCACCAUGGUGAACGUCGACGACUCGUCCAGCUACUUCGGCGCCUUCCGCCUGGACCUCUGAGACGAAGCCGCGGCAGAGGAGAGGACAGACGGGGGUCGAACGGAUGAGCCGGGGACAGCGGGACCUUUUGAGACAUCCGUUGAUCGGAGGAAACGGGAGAGGGUCGUUUAGAGAGAGGGAGGAGCGUCGGACCUGGAUCCCCCCGGCGUCUGCCGGGUUGGAGAGAUUGACAGGCGAGGAAAAGGGAAAAGAAAAGAGUGGGCUCGUCUUUCCUGCUCUCCGUUAAAGAGAACACCGGCCGCCGAGAGCGAGAUCAAACAGAGACACGUGCAAUCAUGGGAAAUAAAUGUGAGGACGUUGAUUUACAGUCGAUUCUGAGGUUGGGAUUUGUUGUUGGGGAAAAAAAUCGAAGUCAAGCCACGGAAAAACUUCCAUUAAACGAUUCGGCCAAACCCCACCCCCACCCCCACCCCUGCAUCCCAGCUUCACCCUUGGAUUCCGACACUUAAUGGGUGAUGGAUUCUGGUUCCAGACCGAAGAAUGUACACGCAAUAAAAAAAAAAAAAAAUUGAAAAAAACAAACUUGAUGAUCCUUUGCAUCCAAGAUGUGAGGAGGGACUGAACGGUAGCGGAAGAAAAAUCAAAAGAUCAAACCAAAGCAACAGUAAAUUGUGGAGUUUCUUUCUUCUCUUUCUUUUUUUUUUUUUUUUUUAAGCGUGCCAUGAGCGUUCUGUACAUAUGAGUGGCUGAGAAUGAAAUUUACACAAUGAACUGUGGUGAUUUGAUAAAGUAAUUCUUCUGUAUUCCACUUGGACUGGACUCUGA